AUGCUCGCACUCGUCCUGACGUGCCCAGGCCUCCGUGCUGGCGUGCCAGUGGCAUCUGCUGAGGCGACGGCUCGGGCCGCCUGGCUCGCCAAAAACCCGUCGCCGUGGGAGGCGCGAGUGACGCCACAAGCGGCACAAGCAGCAAGCCCCUCCGUCUUUCAUGCAACGCAGGCUCCUGGCAACCCGUGGCUCGCGCCCGGCCGGCCAAUGCUCACUCUCGAGGCGGCAGAUGAGAUGAGCAGCGUGGCACUCCGCGAGGCGACAGCAUGCGGCUUUAACCCGAUCAGCGUGUGCGUUCUCGACGCCGGCGGCCGCGUGCUCGUGCUGAAGACGAUGCCUGCAUCGAGCGGGCUCACGGCGGACUUUGCGCACGCCAAGGCGUCGAUGCCGAUGGGCCCAGACCGCGGCUCGGAUGGCGGAAUUGCAUUGGGCCCAAGAUGCCGCAGCUCCUCGCCAUGGGCACCGCCGGCGCUCGCGCCCUUCCCGGGCGGCGUGCUGUGCCGUGACGCGGCGGGGGUCCUCGUCGGCGCGAUCGGCGUCUCGGGCGCGGCGUCCGAUGAGGACGAGCACUGCGCCAUCACCGCAGCUCAGUCUGCUGGUGUGACAAAAAAGGCGCCAGAGAAACGGCACGCAAGCGCGUUUUUGAGAGCCGACACAGUUCAGCUAGCCGCGCGCAGUAAGGACUUUACUAAAACCAUCCUCCUGCUCAGCCUAGUCUUGCUCCACGGUACCUGA